AUUUCAUAAUAUCGGUAUAAUACUGAGAAAGCUAUUUCUGGCUGAUUAUUUUUGGUAUAAAAAUGUCUGAAUUAUUUGGAGAUCUCUUCAUACAAAACGAUAAAGAAUAUCUAAAUGUACCAUCUAUACAAACAAUACCUGUUCGUGGGAGACAUCCUAGCCAUUUGGCAGGCUUACAAAAUAAAAGUGCUACAUGUUAUUUAAACUCUCUCCUUCAAAUUUUAUAUUUCACCAGAGAAUUGCGAGGUCUAAUUAAUUAUCAAAACGUGAAAACUUUCUCUAAGAUUUCUUUUGCAGAAGGAAUACUUUCUCUUACAAAGCAAGAGUUGAACCUUGACAUUCCAGGAAAAAAGACUAGAAAAAUACUUCUUGAGCUUCAAAAGUUGUUUGCUAAUCUCUAUUUGAGAGAUGAAGACGCUGUUAGCACAUCAGAUCUCACAAACAGUUUUGGGUGGGACAAUGAUGAAGAAUCUUAUCAACAAGACAUUCAAGAGUUGAACAGAGUUCUUUUUUCUGCCAUGGAAAAAUGCCUACAAGGUACUUCCAAAGAAAAUUUGAUUAAGGAUCUUUAUCACGGAAUAAAUAUUCAAAAGAUAGCUUGUAUGAAUUGCAAAAGCAUUAGCGAAAGAGAGGAAGAAGUAUUUGACAUCAGUGUUCCUGUAAAAAACAUGUCAAGUCUGCAAGAUGCUCUAAGUGCAUUCUAUUGCCAAGCAGAAAUAUUUAAAGGGGACAACCAAUAUUACUGUGAAUCAUGCCAAAGUUAUGUAAAUGCCAAUAAAGAUGUUGGACAAUUAUCUUUUCCAACCAAUUUGGAUAUGAAAAUUUAUUGUGAAGAGGACUAUAGUAGUAGUACGGAAUACGAAUUGUAUGCAGUCGUCGCCCAUUCUGGUGGAACACAUGGAGGACAUUAUAGAGCUUAUAUUAAAGAUAUUGAAAAUCUUGGCUGCUAUGAUUAUGAAGACGAGAACGAGACUACUUACAAAAAACAAAAAAAUAACCAAGAUUCCAAGUUGACUUCUCCAUUCGAUGUUAUAAAAGAAAUAUUGAUAGAUUAUAAAGAUGGCAUAACUAUUGAUAUUCUUGCAACAAAGAUAAAUACUUAUUGUGGUACAUCGUGGAAAAAGAAAUUCAAGAACCGUUAUGGCACUUUGCGAAGCUUUUUAGAAAAAAAUAAAGAAUUUAAUAUUGAUGAGUGCUUUGAGCAUGUUUGUCUCAAUGACCAAAAGGAAAAAGACGAGAAAAAAGACGCUGGUGAUAAAACUCAUCACUGGUUUCUUUUGAAUGAUUCGAAAGUGGAGAGAGCUUCAAUAAAGGACAUUCAAAAGUUGUAUAAUGGUAGUGACAGUGCUUAUAUGCUUUUCUACGGAAAAACGGAUAGUAAACCAGGUUUAGAGCUUUUCUUUAAACGCCUUUCAUUUUUACAAUAUGUGAUUCUACUAGCUCCUAAAAGCAUCAUAGAUACUAUACCAGAAUGGCUCAAAAUCCUUAUAAAGGAGGCUAAUCAAACUCUUGCUGAGAAAAGAAAGGAAUUCGAUGACAGUCUAAUGAAAACAUCAAUAAAUAUAAUUGAUAAAUUGUCAUCUACACAAAAAGCUGAAUAUGUAAUUUUUGACAAUAACUUCACAGAAUCAAAAAUUGAAAUUAACUUGAACUGGUCUAUUAAGAAACUUAAAACUGAGUUAAACAGCUCAAUGAUGAAUUUGCCAACAAUUAUGGAAAACUUGGUUAUUAUGCAAGUAAAGAAGUUGGAAACCAUUCCAAAUGUGUUUAAACUAGAGAAUCAAUAUAACUAUCCAGACCAUGUCUUAUUGUCGCAAACAUCUAUUUACGGCAACUGCUUUUUGGCUUUUAGGGAUUCCUCUAAAACAGACAUUAUUAGAUCAAUUGAGAAAAUAUUUCUCCGAUUAAUCAGUUUUGAUUCUAACUCUGUCUUACAUCCAUUUUUAACGGAUAUAAAUUAUGAAGAGUUCCUACAACAAGCUGUUGAUUUAUUAAAAAUUUCUGAUAAUGAAUUGGAUGUAAAAAUCAUAGGAAAUUCUAAACACAAUGAAAGAAUAUUAAAUUUUGAGGAACUUAAAGGAUAUAGGAUCGACGAAAUUUUUCAAGAAUUCGAUACCGUCCUCAUACAAAAAGAAAAUCAUCAAAACAAAGAAAAAGAAAUUAUAAUAUCAAAAACAGAAACUCUUCAUAGUCUCUUGAAAUUAGCCGUAACGAUGUUUAAUCUAAGCACAGAUAAUUAUCACUUUUGCCAUUGUAAUAAUAUCGAUGAAGUUGGAGAUCCAAUGCAACAAGAUACUUAUACCUCUUCUUUAGCUGCAUUAAAUUUCCACUCUGGUAAACACCUCAUUAUAAUGGAAGGUAGAAUGCCUCAAAAAGAUCGCUUGGAGUUGUUCCUAUUAUGCGCAAAUUCUUCAUUUAUACCUGAAGAAGGUAAUGAAAGUGCAAAUACUGAUGAAAAUAUAGGACGACUUGAGAUUACUAUUGAUUGCAAUACCUCGCUGAAGAAAUUUAAACAAAAAAUUGCUCAAAAAUUAGUAAAGAGUGUUCCCAGUGUUGAUUUUCUAAGAUGUCGAUUGGUAGAAAAUGGGAAAAAAACUGUAAUACUCAAAAACAGUGAUCUGACAUUAAGAAAAGAAGACAUUGAAAAUUUCCGCCAAGAUAUUCCUCUGAAAUCUCACAAAAAAGAAAGAGGAGUUAUUAUUAAGAUUGAUGAUUUUGAAGAUUAA